CAACUCUAACGUCUGGGCUAGAGUUGCUUGAUUGACUAGCUAACUCCAACUAGCUACAUUCGGUUCAUGAUGCCACAUUCCUGACAAAAGUUUGUACGUAUAAAACAGAUCUGUAACCGAGUAAAGGGAGACAUAAAGUAAUAUUAAUUGAACGUGCAAAUAUUCAUUCAUAGUUGUAACAUAGGGUUUGUACGUUUACAGAUCUAAUUUAACGGUUACAUUUCAUGUUUCACGCAUGGCUUUUCUUACGAUCCUAUCAAUUUACGUAUGGAUUUUCAUACGAUCCUAACGAUACGUACGUUCAACCUUUUGGCAGCUAUCUGGCUCCAUAUUUAAUGCACGCAUGAAUGCAUACCAAUAUUGCCUGCAAAACACCCGUCAUGGUUGUUGUUACAUACACUGUCCGCGAGGUGUCGCUUCCGAGCAGUAUUCCUGCGAUGACACAUCCAGAGAAAAACAUUGGAAUCAUUCUGUGUGAUGCUGAUGACAGAAAACACAAGAAGGAUACAGGCUAUAUUUGCGAAGAAAACUGAAUGCACAGCUUUCAAAGUGUCCAACAUCAAUCAUAUACGGAUGAAAUCCGAAUAAGUCGUGUUGUUUGGAGGUCGACAAUGGGAUGUAGCUGGUGAGAUGGAAUAUCAUGAGAGACCUGCUUCUUUUCGCCAAGCCCGCCUCAACCCCUUUGAUCGGGGGGAGGAGGAGGACGGCCCCCCAGGGGGUAAAACCCCCCCUCGAGAUGAGAUGAGACCUGAGCUCUUCUCCUCUGAGAGCAGAAGCCAGAGUUUGGACCGAGCCAUGGACCUGGGGCUGGCAGAGGACCACUUCUCUCGACCUGUCGGCUCAUUUGUAGCAUCGGACAUUGAGCAGCUGAAGAUGGCCAUAGAGGAGUGUAAGAGACUAAUACUGGAGCUGCCUGAGCACUCAGAGAGACAGAAGGACACUGUGGUCAAACUCAUCCACCUACGCCUCAAACUACAGGAGCUCAAGGACCCUGAGGAGGAUGAGCCAAACCUGAGGGUGCUAUUGGAGCAUCGUUUCUCCAAGGAGAAGAGUAAGAGUGUGAAACAGACGUGUGACAAGUGCAGCACUAUCAUCUGGGGCCUCAUCCAGACCUGGUACACCUGCACAGGUUGUUACUACCGUUGCCAUAGCAAGUGCUUGAACCUCAUCAACAAGCCCUGUGUGAGGUCAAAGGUCAGCCACCAGUCGGCGUACGAGCUCAGCAUCUGCCCAGAGAUCGGGCUGGACCGGCAGGACUACCGCUGUGCCGAGUGCCGCACGCCUGUGUCACUAAGGGGCGUGCCCAGCGAGGCCAGGCAGUGUGACUACACGGGCCAAUACUACUGCAGUACCUGCCACUGGAAUGACACCGCUGUCAUCCCUGCACGCGUCAUCCACAACUGGGAGUUUGAGCCACGCAAGGUAUGUCGUUCCUCCAUGCGUUACCUGGCCCUGAUGAUACCCCGGCCUGUACUGAAACUGAGGGAGAUCAACCCACUGCUCUUCAACUUUGUGGAGGAACUAGUGGAGAUCAGGAAGCUCCGUCAGGACAUCCUACUGAUGAAGCCCUACUUCAUCACCUGUAAGGAGGCCAUGGAGGCACGGCUACUACUGCAGCUCCAUGAUCGCCAGCACUUUGUGGAGAACAAUGACAUGUACUCGCUGCAGGAUUUGAUUGACAUCUCCAGUGGCAGACUCAGCUGCUCUCUCACAGAGAUCCACACUACCUUUGCCAAGCACAUCAAACUGGACUGUGACCGGUGCCAAGCCAAAGGCUUUGUGUGUGAGCUGUGUAGAGGAGACAUCCUGUUCCCUUUUGACAGCCACACCACAGUGUGCCACGACUGCUCUGCUGUCUUCCACAGGGACUGUUUCUAUGACAAUUCCACAACUUGCCCAAAAUGUGCCCGGAUGACCGAGCGCAAGCACGACGAACCGCCGGAUCUGAAAGACACGUAGCCCUGUCGAUCCAAUCCUGUCACUGUGACUGACAACCUGUGGGAGUGGCCAUGGCACUUUUUCUUAUGUUGCGGACCAUCAAGACAUUCUUCUGACACAAACAUGACUAGCUUUCCCUCUUGCGCUCUCUCUGUCUUUGUUGUUUUGUGGGGAUGUUUUUAAGUGUCUUUGUUCCAGUUCAGUGGACUACGGAAGAUGGUAGCAGGAUACUAGAGUUUUAUAUGAUACGGUGAUGAAGUGUGAUACUCUGAGACUGGCUGCAUUGUAUAGCCCACAGAAACACACUCUGAGCACUAAGCCAAUGUUGUACAGUAUGUGUGUGACUAUGUGUUACUGUGUGUGAGAGUACUGUAUAGGCAUCAUGUUGCAGGCAUGAAUUGUAAUGCGAGUCACAUAACUGUCUUUACCUCUUAACAAUCUAAUAUCUUUAACUACCCUGAAGUAGGUGUUAAAUUCCAAAUUCUUCUUAACAAAUCAAUUUAACAAAACUACUAUUCACCUCCAGGCCUUAACUGACAUCGAUAACAAGAGCCAGUUAUUUUUAGUGAGGUUAUGACAUAGCUCUUCAAAACGACCUCCUUAUGAGCAUGAGGUAUGUCACCCCCCUGUUGUGAAACGAGGCGUUACGUGAUGGACAAUGACACUAAAAUAGGUUUUUAUUGUUUAUUUGUUUGAACAUAAAAUGAUCUGCCUGAAACACUUGAGGAGAGAACAUGUGGUUUGUAUGUUAUGUCCUAGGGAGCUUUUAAUCCAGUACCUUUUUACAGUAUAAUUAUUGGGCAGUCAUGUAAUGUCAAGCAUGUCAAGGGUAAAGUGAAGGAGAGCUCAUUAUGAUGCACUGAUUAACCAUAUCUUAAGUUGACAUAGUGUGUGCUGAAAUGUUUGGAUUUAUAAUUGAACACUGUACAUUUACCCAUUGAUCAAGUAAUCUAUUUACAGUAUUUUUGUUUUUUUGCAGCCCGCCUCAAAGUAUAGCACAUUAUUUUCAGAGAUGAGAAAGCUGGCGAAUGAUACCUCGGGACACAUGAGCAUGUAAAUGUUGAUGUUGACAAAAAAUUAUUUGUUUUAAAAUAAUGAAUGUUUGGCUGUGUUAUGUUUUUCUCUACAUAAUGAUCUUGAUAACAUGCAAAUGUAAUGUUCCAUGUGUUAGUGAAAAUCCAGAUAUAGACAUGAAUUGUAAGAUCAUGUGAAGUUAAGCAUGAAUAAUGUAUUAAUAAAUUCUAUGUUGUGAAUAAUGUAUUAAUAAA